ACGCCAGUAGCAGCUAAACGCAGUCAAAUCUGCACCGACACUUUGUGGCUUUUGUUUUUUUCUGCAUCAAAGCCAGCUACCCCGUUAGCUUUGUCCGGAUCACUUUUUGCGCUGUCCUUCUCAACAAUGUCAGACAACCAGAGCAGGACAGAGGCUGUUUUAGCGGGAUAUUAGCUAGCUUUUACAGUUGAGCAAAUAACUGUUCGGUCACCGCGCGAAGAAGGUUUUUUUUUUCUUUGCUGUUAGCUUGUAAAGACACUUUGACAGUAGCUUCAGCUAACCUCUCUGCGUUCACCGUCUGUGUCGUUAAAACUCUUGAUAUUUAAGCUGUAUAGUCAAAGAUAGCAUCUUAAACAUGAGUGAACAGUACGUGCAGUCUUGUUGCAGCAAACGUCGACGUGAGGCAACAAAGCCUGUUACAAACACUGAAAGAUUUUAAAGAUGACCACUUCAUGGAGUGACAGACUGCAGAACUAUGCAGACUUGCCUGCCAACAUGGACGGCUUGACGAUGAAAAAAUACAGGAGAGAGCCAUAUCACAGAGUGUUCGUCAACAGAAGCUUGGCAAUGGAGAAGAUUAAGUGCUUCGGCUUUGAUAUGGAUUACACUUUAGCAGUGUACAAGUCACCAGAGUACGAGUCACUAGGUUUUGAGCUCACAGUGGAACGACUGGUUUCCAUCGGUUACCCCCAGGAGCUGCUGAGCUUUGUCUACGAUCCAUCCUUUCCCACCAGGGGCCUUGUGUUUGACACCAUGUAUGGAAACCUGUUGAAGGUUGAUGCCUACGGUAAUAUACUGGUGUGUGUCCAUGGAUUCAACUUCCUCAGAGGCCCUGAGAUCCGAGAGCGGUACCCAAACAAGUUCAUCCAGAGGGAUGAUACAGAGCGUUUUUAUAUCCUUAACACACUCUUCAACCUGCCAGAGACCUACCUCUUUGCCUGCCUAGUGGAUUUCUUCUCCAAUUGUGACAGAUACACAAGCUGUGAAACUGGCUUCAAGGACGGCGACCUCUUCAUGUCCUAUAAGAGCAUGUUCCAGGACGUCCGCGACGCCGUCGACUGGGUCCACUUCAAGGGUACUCUGAAGGAGAAGACGGUUGAGAACUUGGAUAAGUAUGUGGUGAAAGAUGGAAAGCUGCCUCUUCUCCUCAGCAGAAUGAAUGAAGUAGCCAAGGUUUUCUUGGCUACCAACAGUGACUACAAAUACACUGAUAAAAUCAUGACUUACCUGUUUGACUUCCCCCAUGGCCCCAAGCCCGGGACCUCCCACCGGCCCUGGCAGUCCUACUUUGAUCUGAUCCUGGUGGACGCCAGGAAGCCUCUGUUUUUCGCUGAGGGUACGGUGCUCAGACAAGUCGACACGACAACAGGGCGUCUAAAGAUAGGAACCUACACAGGACCUCUGCAGCAUGGUAUAGUCUACUCUGGAGGUUCUUCAGACAUCGUGUGCGACUUGCUGGGGGCCAAGGGGAAGGACAUCGUGUACAUCGGGGACCAUAUCUUCGGAGACAUCCUCAAGUCCAAGAAACGUCAAGGCUGGAGGACCUUCCUGGUCAUACCCGAGCUGGCCCAGGAGCUGCACGUGUGGACCGACAAGAGCUCAUUAUUCGAAGAACUGCAAGGCCUGGACAUUUUCUUGGCAGAACUCUACAAACAUCUGGACAGCAGCAGUAACGAGAGGCCAGACAUCAGCACUAUUCAGAGAAGAGUCAAGAAAGUAACACACGACAUGGAUAUGUGCUACGGCAUGAUGGGUAGCCUUUUCCGCAGCGGCUCCAGACAGACCCUGUUUGCCUCCCAAGUGAUGCGCUACGCCGACCUGUACGCAGCCUCCUUCAUCAACCUGCUGUACUAUCCAUUCAGCUACCUCUUCAGAGCCGCACACGUGCUGAUGCCUCAUGAGUCAACAGUAGAGCACACCCACGUGGACAUCGACACCGAGUCACCGCUGGCCACACGCAACCGCACCCACUGCAGCGACUGCAAAGACCUGGAGUGCAAACGCAACCAGUUGACCCGCUCCUUCAGCGAGAUCAAACCUCCCAACCUGUUCCCCCAGACUCCACAGGAGAUCACUCACUGCCACGACGAGGACGACGAUGAGGAAGAAGAAGAGGAGGAGGAGGAGGAAGAAGAGGAGGAGGAGGAAGAAGAAGAGUAAUAAACUGCACGCUUAAAGAAGAGAGCCACGCUCCUGUUCCUGCCGCCUUACUGUAUGUUUCCCUGUAGAGUUGGGUAGUGAUCUCUCUCAAAGUGAGGCAGGGAGGAAAAACCUCUCCUCUGUGUGUGUGUGUGUGUGUGUGUGUGUGUGUGUGUGUGUGUGUGUAUGAUGUAAGUCACUUUC